AUGCUUGUGUCACAGACAUUUGGCUAUAUAUCAGUGAGAGCAGAUCUAACGAUUGUCGUGGCAAACCUGGUUGACUUUGUUAUGCCACUCGUGAUCGAAAACAUUGGUGGGUUUAACGGCGCAGCCAUUUUUCGGCUACUUCGUAUCUUCAGAGCGAUCAGAGCUCUGAGAGCUCUCAGAGUAUUGCGCACUAUCAGGUUCUUGAACAAUCUUCAGGUGAUCAUGAACACGUGCCUACAGUCUGUCCAGUCUAUGGGUGCUAUUGUGACUCUCAUGGCUCUAUUUAUCUACAUGUUUGCAGUGAUUGGGCGUGGUCUCUACGCAACAAACGACCCUGACAGGUUUGGCAACGUGGGAAUAGCUGCAUUCACCCUGUUCCAACUUCUCACACUUGAUGACUGGUUCUAUAUCUACAGGGAUGUCACGCGUGAAGACAGUGGAGCCUGGCACGUUUUUAUCUAUCUGGUCGUCUACAUAGUCAUGGAGUAUUUCAUAUUUCUCAAGUAA